AUGGGCGAACGAGACUUCGAGGCGCACAUAGCCUCGAUUAUUGACAAGGACGACAUCGCUGCUGCCAAAGGCGAACACGUCGAGAGUGUUGGCCGUGCAGCGACUGUGGAAGACCACGAGGAAACUGUUUUCCAAGCCAUCAGGGGCCAAACCUGGGCAUUCAUGUGGUGUCUUUACGCCAUCUACGUCCUUAUACUCACUAGUUUUGACAACCAAGCGGGCGGCACGGUCAUUGGGAUCCCUCAAUUUCGCAAAGACUUUGGCACAGAGUUUGAUGGGGACUAUGUUCUACCCGCAAAGUGGCAGUCUGCUUACAGCGGCGCUCCUGUGGCAUCUGCUGUCAUUGGUUCUCUUGGUGCCGGCUACGUAGCUGACCUUAUUGGUCGCAAAUGGACAUAUUUGAUCAGCUACAUCUUCAUGUUCGUUGGUAUUACCCUCGAAACGAUUAGCACAACCAACGAGAUCUUCUUCGCCGGAAAGUUCAUUGCGGGAUUCGCUAUUGGCGCCUUCAUCACAGUCAGCAUGACAUAUAUCGGCGAGAUUUCGCCGUUGGCGCUUCGUGGCAUCUUAACUGCCGCCGCCGCCAUUGCCUUCACCAUCGGCCCUUUUAUCGUAUCAUUAGUCGUCAACCAAACGGGGACCAGAAACGACCGAUGGGCCUACCGCACUAUCUUUGUAUCACAAUACGGCGUCAGCGGCCUCGGUGUUCUCUUUCUUCCCUUUAUGCCCGAGUCGCCGUGGUGGCUGAUCAGCAAGGGCAACACGCAGAAGGCCGCAAGGUCUCUAAGCCGUCUCGGAUACGAUACUGCCCAGGUCGAGAAGCAGCUUUCCGUUAUUACUGUGACCCUUGCAGAGGUACGUAAGGAGACUGAGGGUGCUAGCUUCGCCGAGUGCUUCCGCAAGUCCAACCUUCGCCGAACCAUCAUUUCUGUUGCGCCCUUGAGCAUACAGGCUUUGUGCGGCGUUUUUUUCGUCUCCUCGUACUCAACAUUCUACCAGCAACUUGCUGGAUACUCUGCGGAAGAAAGUUUUACACUUGCCAUUGUCCAGCAGAUUCUCUCUAUGCUUGGGAAUAUCACCUCCUGGUUCCUUAUUGACAAGGUCGGUCGCCGCGGCCUCAUAUUUUGGGGUAUGUGCACAUUGACCACCCUUUUGAUGAUAACCGGCGGUUUGGCUGUCACGGCCACACCUGGCGCUAUAAAAGGAACUGUUGCUUUGCUGUUGGUAUAUUGCUUUAUCUACAACGUCACAAUUGGCGCUGUAGCCUACUCCCUAUUGACUGAAAUCCCAACUUCGCGUCUUCGAGCCAAGACUGCAGCCAUUGCUCUAGCUCUUCAAAACGGACUUUUCACAAUGUGGGCAUUUGUUAUCCCUUUCCUUUUCAAUCCUGACCAGGCAAACCUCGGAGCUAAGGUGGCAUUUAUUUUUGGUGGCCUUUCGGUAUUAUCUACAGUAUAUCUCUGGUUUUACCAACCUGAAGUUGCUGGAAGAUCAUACGACGAACUCGAUGAAAUGUUUAUGAAGCAAAUUCCUGCGCAAAAGUUCAAGGGCUUUAUUACCCAGGUACAACAGAACAGCUAA